AUGACUGAUAAGGAUGGCUUAUCGCCAUCCUUUGUGGAGACCAUAGCAGGAUUCACAGCGGGAAUAGUCUCUACUCUCUGCCUGCAUCCACUGGAUUUGAUCAAAACUAGAUUGCAGGUUGAUCGAUCCUCUCAUUCCCAGAUUGGUGGUUCAAUUCGCGUCAUUCGCGAAAUUUCUCAGCAUGAAGGUGGACUACCUGCCUUUUAUCGAGGCUUGACACCGAAUUUAAUUGGAAACUCUACUAGCUGGGCUCUGUACUUCCUUUGCUAUGGUAAUAUCAAAGAUGCUUUGCAGUCUAUCCGUGACUGUCGGGAAUCGGAGCUUACUUCGUCGGAUUAUUUCGUUGCAUCGGGGCUUGCAGGUCUUACUACGUCUGUGUUGACGAAUCCUAUAUGGGUAAUCAAGACCCGCAUGUUAUCCACCGGCUCCAAGGCCCCGGGAGCCUAUGUCUCCUUUACCAGCGGUGUAAUGCAAAUAUAUCGUUCAGAGGGUAUAACCGGCUUCUACCGAGGUCUUUUACCGGCCUUAUUCGGAGUCAGUCACGGAGCUCUUCAAUUUAUGGCGUAUGAGCGGUUGAAAGUCUACCGUUCCCAAAUGGUUCCGGUUCUGCGCCCCGGUAACGACAGCGCUGACUCAGGAGGAGGGCCGACACGACGCUUGGGGAACCUUGAUUUCUUCGUGUUUUCCAGCCUUUCGAAGAUAUUUGCGGGUUCUGUCACCUAUCCCUACCAAGUGUUGAGAUCCCGUCUGCAGACGUACGAUGCUCAUCUUGUGUAUCGGAGCGCCGGUGAUGCGGCCAUGCAAAUCUGGAAGAAAGAAGGCCUGGCUGGCUUCUACAAGGGCUUAGGCCCGAACCUCCUUCGUGUGUUGCCAAGCACAUGGGUUACGUUCUUGGUAUAUGAAAACACAAAAGCCUAUCUGCCCCGCUUGGCUUCAGGUCAGUAG